AGCAGUUAUACCAGCAAGUAGUAGAGUCAUGGGUCGAGGAAACGAGACCAAAGAGGAAACCCUGAAGAAGCUGUUCGUUGGUGGUUUGUCACGUGACACUACUGACGAUGAGUUCCGAGACUACUUCGCUCUGUUUGGAACUGUAACUGAUCACAUCGUCAUCAAGGAUGGUGAUGGUAUCUCAAAAGGGUUCGGAUUUGUUACAUUUGACUCUGAAGAUAGUGCAGAAAACGCUAUCCGAAGUAAAUCAGAUGGUCAUGCUAUCAACGGCAAGACCGUCGAGGUAAAGAGGGCUAUUCCUCGUGAUGCUGAGCCAGACCAACGGGAGAAGAACACUAAGAUCUUUCUGGGAGGUUUGAAUAGAAGCACAACUGAAGCUACGAUCAAAUCGUACUUCCAGGACAACUUCGACUGUGUGGUGGAUGCGGUUGAUCUGAUUUACGAGAAACGGGACAUGCUCCAGCCUGGUCAGGAACCCAAACCAAGGGGAUUUGCGUUUGUCACUAUCAACGACUACGACAAAGUAGACCAUCUGUGUGUCAUCAGAAAACACGAGAUUGACGGUAAGGAGGUUGAAGUGAAGAAAGCUGUGUCCAAACAAGGCGGUGGUGGCGGAGCCAGACGUGGUGGCGGUGGACGAGAUGGCGGUGGUGGACGAGGUGGCGGUUACAACCAAGGUGGCGGCUACAACGAAGGCGGCGGUUACCAAGGCGGUGGUGGAUACCAAGGCGGCGGUGGCUACCAAGGCGGCGGUGGAUACCAAGGUGGUGGUGGUGGUGGAUACCAACAAGGAGGUGGUUACCAAGGCGGUGGUGGAUACAAUCAGGGAGGCGGCUACGGCCAACAACAACAGGGUGGUUAUGGCGCUGGAUACGGUGACAACAGCGGCUACAGCCAGGGAGGUGCAGGUGGCUACGAUCAGAGUGCCGGCUACGGUCAGCAGCAGGGUAGCUACGGAAGCGGCUAUCAGAACAGCAAUUACAGUGGACCAGACAAGAGUGCUCGAGGUGGUGCUAAGCCGAGUGGUAGGGGUGGUUACAAACCAUACGCUACACUUAGUUAUUCUAAGAACUAUAGGAUAGAUAGACUAAGGUUCUACUUCCUAGCUGUAGAUAAGAUAAACCCCCUCCUAGCUGAAUCUAAAGAGGAAACUCUCAGGAAGCUGUUUGUAGGCGGUCUGCCUCGCAGUACUACGGACGAUGAUUUCAAACAAUAUUUUUCCCAAUUCGGAAAUGUCGUCGACUCUAUCGUCAUCAAGGAUAACAAUGGCAAUUCAAAGGGAUUUGGUUUUGUGACCUUUGCCACUGACCAAGAAGCUGAAGAAGCUAUCCAAGCCAAGAGUCAAGGUCACACAGUCAAUGGCAAAUCAGUGGAAGUGAAGAGAGCAAUUCCUCGUGAUGCGGACCCAGACCAGAGAGAGAAGAACACCAAGAUGUUUGUUGGAGGUCUGAGUCUCAAUUCAACGGAAGCUUCCGUCCGGGAUUUCUUCGAGAAAGAGUUUACAUGUCAAGUGGAGAGUGUUGAUUUGAUUUACCAGAAGAAGGACACUUUGGAACCUGGCCAGGAGCCAAGACCGAGGGGUUUCGGGUUUGUGACCAUCAACGAUUUUGACGUAGUUGAUCGUAUCUGUGUGAUCCGAAGCCACAACAUCGACGGUAAAGAUGUAGAGGUGAAGAAAGCUGCACCAAAAGGUAAAGGCGGUAACAUGGGUGGGGGUGGCCGAGGUGGUGGUAGGAACCAGGAUGGUGGAUACAACGGUGGGGGAUAUAAUCAAGGAGGCUACAACCAAGGCGGUGGCUACAAUCAAGGCGGCGGAUAUAACCAAGGUGGCUACAAUCAAGGCGGCGGAUAUAACCAAGGUGGCUACAACCAAGGCGGCGGCUACAACCAAGGUGGCGGAUAUAACCAAGGAGGUGGCUACAACCAAGGAGGUGGCUACGGCCAAGGCGGCGGUGGUGGUGGUUAUGAUGGAGGUUACAGUGGAGGUUACAAUGGAGGACAAGGUGGCCAAGGUGGAUACAAUAAUCAGAGUUAUGGUGGUGGUUACAAUCAGCAAGCCGGAAGUGGGUACCAAAACAGUAGUUUCAGUGGACCAGAUAAAAAUGCUCGUGGGGGAAAGCAAACCACUAGAGGGAACUACAGAAUAUUUUUAGCCCCAUCCUUCCCUUUUCCUAUGGCUCAGGCAUCUCCUAAAACAGAAAACUAUGUGAUCAUAAAGAUAUUAAUUCCUGUGUACUGUGCUGGUGCAUGUAUUGGUAAGGAUGGACUUGAGAUUCAACGCAUCAAGAGUGAAUCUGGUUCUAGAGUAAAGGUAUCUCGUAACAGAGACUUAUUCCCCCGUACAGACGAGAGAGUUGUGCUGGUCAGCGGUACUCCGGACCAAGUUUUGGAAGUUAUUAAGUUUAUUCAGGAAAAAAUCCAAAAUGAAAACCCCCCUGAUAAUAGAAAAAUUAACCCUAAACGUAAGGAUCAGGUGAAAAUUAUUGUCGCUCAUUCAGCUGCUGGGCGUAUCAUUGGGCGGAAAGGUGACAAAGUGAACAAACUAAAAGAGGAGUUUGAUGUAAAAGUUUACAUCACAAAUAAAGACGAAAACAUUCCUACUUUGAAUGAGAGAGUUGUGACGAUCGAAGGAAGCGCUGAGAAUGUGCGGGAAACUGCCAGGGACAUAAUUAAUUCAAUUCAAGAAAACCCUGAAGCUCGACUGAGCAGGAGUCUUGAGUAUAGACGCUUCUCUGAGAACCCGUACGCGCCAUACUUCUACAGUGGGCCUCCACCUCCUCCUUUCAGAGGAGGACCUUAUGCUAAUCAAGGAGGUUACGGUGGCUAUCAGGGUGGUGGUGGCAAUGGUGGUGGCAAUGGUGGUGGCGGUGGCGGUGGUGGUGGCGGUGGCUACAACCAAGGCUAUGGUGGAGGAAACUAUGGCUACAGUUACAAUGACAGUUACGGCGGUUAUCAAGGGUACGGCGGUGGUGAUUAUCAAAGAGGUGGAGGUGGAUAUGAUCGGUCGUCUAAUCGUAGUCGAGGUCGUGGACAGCGUCAGUAUGCGAGACAUGAUUCCAGCGAACACGAAUCAGGCAGAGGAUACAGUCAGGGGAGAGGUUACAGUAAUCGCCCGUCUGAGUAACCAUUCGUGUACUUGCUAGAAGCAUCUGCUGGGUAUUUGCAAUCUUAUCCACGUGUGAUGCUGUCGGGUGCGCUGCAAAGAAG